GUACGUGUAUAUCAGUCAAUUUUCUCAUUUACCGUUACAUUAUCUUCGGCAUUGAGAACAACCAAAGUUCUUUACAACUACAUACAACAAUAUGCAACCACAACCAGCUGUCUCGCGUUGUUUAUAUUUUUAUUCCAGUCGGUUCGUAAGUUCGUAUCAACUCGAUUGACAAUACUUAAACAAUAUUCGCGUAUCGGGGAUUUUAAAUUGCGCGUAUAGAUAAUAAACGAAAACAAAACAGUUGUGUAGUUCUUUAGUGAAAGUUCACAAAAAUGCAUAAGAAAACCACACACCAUAGACGGAAGAAAAAUUACAAAGGAAAACGGUAUAAGAUGCAGGGAGAUUACGAUGACGAAUCGUCCUCUUCGGGGGGCGAGCUGACCCCCACAAGAAAAAACAACACAAACCAUCACCAGAUAGUUCAGAGCAAUCCGUCAAUCUUAUCAUCUCUGAGAAGUGUUCUCAUUGUCCUGAGUACAGCUCUAGUGUGCUUCGCAGCAGCUAGAAACUCCAUCACAUGGCAUUGUCAGAGAUUCUGGGGCGCUUCCGGAGACUUCUGGCAGGCCCAAUGGGACAAGUUUCUUGAUUUGGUAGGUGAAGAUCCCUUCAAUUUGUGGGUGUUUUACUCGAUGUGUAUCACAUUCGGCGUCUAUUGGUUAUUUGGGGGCAUAUACACUUUCAUGGACGUUACCAAUAUGCCUGGAGUGAUAAGAAAAUAUAAAAUUCAACCGGGUACGAAUGAGCCAGUUGAUGACAAGAGGUUGAGGCAUGUUAUAUAUUCCGUCUUGUUUAACCAAUCAGUUGUUGGUAUACCUAUAUCCUUUUUGAUGUACUGGGCAAUGAAAUGGAGGGGAUAUCCACCCCUACGCGAACUACCCACCUUCCACUGGGUAUUAUUUGAAUUGGCAGUACACAUCUUAACAGAAGAAGUAGGAUUUUAUUAUUCCCAUAGAUUACUUCACAGCAAAUAUCUUUACAAGUAUAUCCACAAGCAACACCACGAAUGGACAGCACCCAUAGCAGUCACAGCCAUCUAUUGCCACCCAAUUGAACACAUAUUCUCCAACCUUAUCCCGCCCUUCUUAGGAGUUUUCCUGAUGGGAUCGCAUGUAGCUACGGCUUGGUUGUGGUUCACGUUGGCCAUACUGUCUACCUUAAAUGCUCAUUCUGGUUAUCAUUUGCCAUUUUUCCCAUCACCAGAAGCACACGAUUUCCACCACUUGAAAUUUAACAACUGCUUUGGCGUCUUGGGUGUCCUGGACAGACUUCACGGCACUGAUAGCAGCUUCCGUCAAUCUAGAGCUUACAUCCGACACAUCAUGAUGCUGAGCUUCAUACCGCCCAGAGAAGCAUUCCCUGAGGCGGACACCUGCAAACACAAACUUGGGAAACAACGUGCAGUAUAAACCUACAUUAGGCUAUUUAUCAGAGGGUAGGUUUUUCAGUUUUUGGAAACAAAUAAUUUAAUAUUUAGGAUAGUAUUAGAAGUUGUUACCUUGGUGCUAAAAUGUGAGUAUGGCAGGUGAUUUAAUAUAGUGUAGUAUUUAAAUAAAACAAUUGUUUAUAAGAUAUUAUUUUUAUGGAUGAGAGAUAAAAUUUAUUAGUAUAGGAAAAUAUUUUUAUAUUUUGUUAAAGGCGUUAAAAAUUUUACAUAAAUUAAUAUAUCUACGGCUAAUCGAUUUGACGUAAACUGUUGCGAUCGUCAUCGUAUCUGUCAUCAUCAACAUCUCUAGCUCGACAAUCCUUUGUAUAUCCUGACCUUCUCUAAGAUUUGUCACCAUUCUCUUCGGUUCCUUCUCAUUAUGUACAUCCUUAAGUCGAUCUUAGAAGAAAAUGACAAAAUUAAGCUGGAUCAGGAAGAAGUCGAAGAAGCAGAAAAAUGCACAUAUCUAGGAGCAGUUAUACAGAUGGUGGGACAAAAACAGUCGUUCAAAACAGAAUAAUUAAACCUCAAUGGACCUUUAACUCACUAUCUAAAAUUUGGAGUUCCAGCGAGAUAACAAGAAACACGAAAAUUAGAGUUUUUAACAGCUGCGUAUUACUAUACGCUGCUGAAACAUACAAAAACGAUAAACAAGAUAUAAGUAAGGUACGUCUUUAAAGCUAUAAUGAGAAGGAAAUGGAAAUGGAUUGGUCACACGCUUAGGAAAGGUUCAAACAAUGUAACGAAACAAGAACUUGAGUACGAGCCAUUGGGUACACGAAGAAAGGGGAGGUCAGGCAAUACUUGGAAGAGGAGUGUAAGGAAUGAACACGAAUCAAUAGGACUAAGCUGGAGAGAAGUAAAAAAUAAAGUUAAAAAUAGAAGGGAAUGUAAGAUAUUAACAAACGAAAUAAUAAAUAAAAAACCUGACGAAAUGCCUAAAUAGCAAAUUGCGACGUAAGGAGUGCGUUGAUCUAGCCAAACAAGCACUAUCAUCUAUACCGACUAAGAAACGCGCAGAGCGCCCUUUGAUCCACUUAGGAGCUACAGGACACAGAGAAGUCGAUCUUAACUCCAUUUAACACCUUAUUCGCGGUCGGCCUCUGCUUCUUCUUCUUACGUUUUCUUGUGGUUAGUUUUCUAGCAGUCGUGUUGUUUGGCAUUGGUAUUAUCCCACACAACAAUAAUGCUAGAACUUGCUUGGAACAUUCCUAAAAGUAUAUUCUUCCCAUAUACUAAAAAUAUGUGCGGUAGUAUAUAAAUAGUAGCUAAGUAUAUAAAUAGAAGGUUUAUAGCACUUCCUUGGAAUAUUCUAAAAAGUAUAUUUUUGGUAUAUACUACAAAGAAGUGCGUUAGUACAUUCUAAGUAUAUAGAUAGAACGUUUAAGUACUGUAAUGUAGUACAUACUUAGCAUCUGCUCUGCACAUUCGUAAUGGUAAUUACGCAUAUUCUGAGCAUAUACUUUUUCUGAAAAGUAUGUUCUAUGGAUCUACUAAGAACAUGAAAUUGUUAUGUGGGAUGUGUCCAGUCCAUCUGAAUCGCUAUGUUUUAAUGAAUGUUACGAUAUGUGGCGCAUUAAAGAGUUAGUAUAAUUCAAAGUUAUUUCUUUUGCGCCACUUUUGGAAAUAGUGACAAUGUUUUGCGAAGUAUUUUGCGCAUGAAUAUUCCCAAAAGUUUUUCAUUCUUCUGAAUUAGGGUCCAUGUUUCUGCUGCAAGCAGAGAUACAACUGUUCCUAUUAUAUUAUAUCAUAAUAUAUUUUUGUUCUGCUGCAAAGCUGACAUUUCUUUGUCACACACAGCAUAUUACAUAUUGCAGCAUUUAUUCUUUCCUACAUUUUAUCUAGUGGAAUAUUAAGUACCCCUAAUUAUUUUCCUCUCUAUGUUUAAAAGCAUUUUACGUUAUUUUUAAAACCAUUUGUCGAGUUUGACUAGUUAAAAUAUUGUUUUUCAAUUUACUUUUAAACUCGAUCACUACCUAAAUCCGGUACUGCACUUCAUUGAAAAUAAACUUAAUGACAUGACGUCACAAUUGACGAGCUCUAUGCAAUGUUUGCCCGUUAGCGACAUCUAUCUUUGAUGCUCGAAAUUACAAAAUUUAAAAACUUCCUAAAAUCGUUUAUAAAAGGUAUAUUUUAUUAAAUAUCCCUUAAAGGGCUACAGCACAGAACGUUUUCGAACUAAAAAAUUAAUCAUCAGUGCUGUUUACAGGUUUUGACACUGAUGAUGAACUUUUUAGUUCGAAAACGUUGUGAUGUAGGAUGUAGCCCUUUAAGGGGUUUUAAAUGAAAUAUGUAUUCUAUAAAGCAGCGGUUCUCAAUCUUUUUGAGUCAGGUACCACCAAAUACUUUUUAUUAUUUUUGGUACCACCUAACUAAAAUACCUAUCUAGCUAGGUGAUCUAAUUACCUAUAAUUGUGCCAAUAGUGGUGCUGAUAUUUUGACUGUUUUGAGUUUUCUGUACUACCUCAAAUAAUGAAAUGUACACCAGUGGUACAUGUACCACAGAUUGAGAACCACGGCUAUAAAGGAUUUUAGUAAUUUUUAUUUUCCUUGUGAAUUUUAAAAAACUGUCUAUUAAAAUUUGCCAACAAUCCCAAAUUGCAGUGACAACUAAAACUAUUACCUAUUAGGAUCAAUUACUUAAAACAUAUUUUUACAUGUAAUUUGUCGAUUCGAUAUAUAUUAUAAUAUAAUAAUUUAUGUAAGUUUUUACUGCUUAUGUACAGUAUUACUAUAUCAUUUAAAUUCUAUUGUAGUUAGAAUGUAGAUCUUUUUGAAAAAACCUACCCUUCUAAAUCAUAACUUUCACCGAAAGUGUAAGUUUUUCAAAUAUUUUGGUGAUUUUAUAUUAAAUAAUAAAGAAUGUGUUGUUAUUAAGAGAUGUGUAACGAUGGUUUGAGAAUAAAAUGAGACUGAUCUAAAAAUGA